AUGAAUGAAUUGGUAGAUACUAAAGAUUUACUGAUUCCAAAUUACGUUUAUAGUCCCUUAUUCCACACUAAUUCCUUCCUACAGGCUGAGAUAGAACUCAAUGAAGGUAAUAUGUUAAGUGAUAAUAUCCCAGAUGAUGCCAAGAAGAUACUUCAAUCGCUAGAUAUAAAGGAUACUACUGCAUUCUAUUCCUAUACACAUUCUACUUCUAUAUAUUACAAUAAUCAAAAUAUUAUAGAUAGCUUAAAAUGGUGGCACGAUCAAAGAGAUAGUAAUCCUAUUUAA